AUGCUUUUCAUCCUGGGGGUUGAGGAGCCUAGUGUGGAAGAUGGAGGAGCUGGAGACGCAGCGCCAUCUGAAACACGGGCUAUAAUCCUCUUGGGUGAGCGGGGCAUCACGUCUCCAAAUAAAACAACAUACACGCAGAAACACACACACACUGGAAUCACCACUACAGUGGCCGUCCUGUGUCACCCUCACGAGAUGGGUGAUUUCGCAGUGUUGCUCAGUUCUGGGCUCUCUGUGAAAUGUGCAGAGUUGAUGAAUUUUCUGAGCGCGCUCACUGCGUUCAUGGGUCUUUACACGGGUCUGUUGAUCUCAUCUGAGCUGGAGGUUCAGCGCUGGAUAUUCACCGUCACUGCUGGAAUAUUCCUCUACCUCUCACUGGUGGAAAUGAUGCCUGAGAUGAUCAGAGUUCAGUCUCCGCGGCCGUACGUGUUGUUUCUUCUGCAGAAUGUUGGCCUGUUGUUGGGUUGGACCACAAUGAUGUUACUCGCUCGAUAUGAGCACAAGCUUCAAUUGACAUUUUAA